GAGAGCGAGAGAGAGAGAGAGAGAGAGAGAGAGAGAGAGAGAGAGAGCAACAGGAUAUUUUGUCACUAUGGUUACUGGCAGCAGAUUUCUGUAUGUCAUGCUGUUCUCAUUCAGGGCAGUGUAGCUGUAGUGCUCACAGGACAGAAGCUUGUAACUGAGAUAAACUUUGUCAUGACUUGUGGAUCGAUGAGGCUUCAGUAAAUACAAAGAAAAGCUUGUUCCCUCUGUGAGUUACUGGUUCCUCAACUAUCAGGAUGGGAUCUUCCGCUGUGUCUAUGGCCUCCUCCUCCACCAACAAUUCCUCCAACUUGUCCACCUGUGACACCCUGUACUCCCACCGGGACUAUGCCAGGGUCCUCAUGCCUCUGCUCUAUUGCAUCAUGUUCUUUGUGGGACUGCUCGGUAACUGUCUCGCCCUCCACGUCAUCCGGUCCAACCUGAAGAAGAUCAACUCCACCACCUUGUACUCUCUCAACCUGGUCAUCUCUGACAUCCUCUUCGCCCUCUCCCUGCCUUUGAGGAUUGCCUACUAUGCCCUGGGCUUCCACUGGCCUCUGGGCGAGGCGCUGUGCAAGAUCUCAGGCUUCAUCUUCUAUAUCAACACCUACGCUGGGGUCAACUUCAUGACCUGCCUCAGCAUAGACCGCUUCAUCGCCGUCGUCCUGCCUCUGCGUUUCUCCCGAUUCAGGAAGGUCAGUAACGUGCGCUACAUCUGCGUUGCUGUGUGGCUUGUGGUCCUGGCGCAAACCCUGCCGCUGCUGGGCAUGGAUAUGACCAACAAGGAGCCUGAUGACCACAUCACCUGUAUGGAAUACCCCAACUUCGAGAAGGUGGACCACAUCGCCACUGUACUGAUUGGUGCUGUGUUCCUUGGCUACGUCAUCCCCGUGGUGACCAUCCUCGUGUGUUACUCCGUCCUGUGCUCCAAACUCCACUCCUCAGCCAAGAAGAACCACCUGACGGAAAAGUCCGGCCGGAACCGCAAGGCCAUCGGUGUGAUCUGCUGCGUGUCCCUGGUGUUCGUCAUCUGCUACAGCCCCUAUCACAUUGACAUCCUGCAGUACAUGAUCCGCAAGCUGGUGUCGAAGCCUGACUGCGCCGAUCUCACAGCCUUCCAGGUGUCGCUGCACAUCACCGUGUGUCUGAUGAACCUUAACUCCUGUUUGGAUCCUUUCAUCUACUUCUUUGCCUGCAAGGGCUACAAGAGGAAACUCUUGAAGAUGUUCAAGCUGCAGGUCAGCAUGUCCUUCUCCAGCGCAGUGAGGACGUCACCCGAGGGCUCCUCGAAGGACGUUAUUGAUGGCAACAAGAUCCAGCUCAACAGUUCUUACAUGGGUACACACAGCGAGAGACUCACAGAAAGGAGAGGACUGAGGCACGAGUGAACGAGAUGGCUGCGGCACAGAGCGAAACAAGAUGAAGGACCUUUAAAGUGCCGGCCUGCUUUGAUCAAGACCAGUCAAAUAAUGUGACUCACUCACAGACCAUCAGGGACUCCAAGCAGCCACUCGGCAUCUGGAUCCAUAAAAAUUCAGCUCUUUUGCACCACAUUAUUUUACACCAGGGAAGCUCUUUAAAAGUCCAUCAACAACAUGACUCAGAAUUUUGAAAAAGGGACAAAUCUAGCAUGUCCCGUGCUUAUGCAUGUUUUCUUAUCAACAUCAGUCACUUACUGAGGAAAGCAGAGACUGUUGCAGCUAAAGGAGAGGAGUGGAGGAUACUUCUUCAUACAAAGCAUGCUGUCUACUGUCCACAGACUGAGUUUUAAUGAGGAGGUCCAUGUUGGAAGUGGACAAUAAACUGAUAACAUGAACAUGUGGAUUGUCACAGAGUGUUUUCAUGUGCAGUGUGUGAAGCAGCAUGUUUUUAAAGGCAGUAUAGUCAGCUGAAAACAACAACAGUUAAAAAAGCACAUUUUUUGCAACCAAACAAUGACCUCGCGUCUGAUCACAUCCUCACUGUGUUACAUUAAUGAAAUGAAAUGUUAAAGCAGAAGUAGAUAUGAGUUUCAGACCCAGGCAAUCGCAGGAUUCUUACCUCAGGUUUCGGUUCAGGACAAAGUUGUAAUAUCUCAGGGAAAUUAGGCAAACUGUACGCCCAUUGUUUCAGCUGCUUAUCAACAGAUUAACUACAUAAACAAAAACUAAUUUGUUCGAAAACUCCCGAUAUUUCUCUGCUUUAUCAUUCUAUUCCAUGUGGAAACAGUGGGUCUGGUCUAUGAUGUCUUUUAUUUAAAGGGGAUCUGUGGAGUUUCCUUGUAAAGUUGUAAGUUUUAUUAAAAUGUUUGUGUUAUUCAUAAUAAUGCAAUGUGUGUAUCUCCCUGACCUUAAGGACUACUUUAAAUCUGGCAUUCUUUGUUUGAGCAGCUUGCUUAUCUUCCUUGUUUAUUUGCUGGUAAAAUGCAUCACAUUGUGCUGUGCUAUCACCAUCGGUCUGUAUGUAAAAUAGUGUGAAACCAUUGUUAGGACUUGAAAGUGCCGUCUCGCACGCGCAUGAUGACAAGAUGAACAAAAUGUGAACCCAGUCAUUCAAACAGUUUUAGGUAUUUUGUGCACUUGACGGAAUAUCGAUCAAACUGGUUUAUAUAUAUUUUAAGGAUUCAUUUAAGAAUGUUGUUUUUUUUGUCUUCACAAAUGAACUGUUUCAAUGUUC